AUGGUCUUUGGAGUAGGUUGUCAAGAAAGUUCAGAUGAAGGGACAAGAAUAGUUGCAUUUUCAAAGUCAGUGAGAGCAAAAUAUCUGAACUUAAUCCUCUAAGGAACAGAAGAUAUCCUGAAGCUCAGUGUCUCCAGUAAGAGCAAACCUGGAAGCGGGCUGCCCAGCUGCCUUUGUUUGUUUUGUUUUGUUUUGUUUCCACAGGACCUGAACUUGAAGCUUUCCCAGCUGGAUGCCUCUCAUCCUGGGCUGGUGAGGGACUGCUGGAAACCAGGUCACAACAAGAGGAAGUUGCCCUACCUCCAGGGCUGCAUUCAGACCCUGCUUGCGUGCUAUCACACGGGCCACCACAGACCCCACUGCGUGCUGACCGUGGACCCCGCUAGUGAAGCGGGGGUGGCCUACUCCCUGGAUGGGUACCAAGGCGAGGACAUCCUGAGAGAGUUGGUGGCGCAUAACAUAAAACAUCUGCAUCAGGAGAUUAUUCUACUUUACCUCUCUGUGCUGGCAGAGAAUGAAAAAUUCCAAAGGUCCGUGAUGUGGUCUGGUUUCUUUGUGGCGGCCUGUGUGUGGCACCAGUGGACCUGCUAUCCAUAGAAGUUAGUUCCAUUUGUUUAA